AUGUCUGAGGUGAUAUGUGAGAGUCCAGCCAUGCAGCUGAAUAAGACUGGAGUUCAAACACUGGCUCCAGAGCCAUGUGAGCAGCAGAUACUACAGGAGGACAGCAAUGGGAACUGUAGCGACAGUUCCAACAGCAACCUGUCGCUGCACUGCUGGCUGCAGCUCCUCACCAAGGAAUCUAUCAUGGAAAUCCAAGGAGACAGCUCCAGUCUGGUGGUGCGUGUGAUGAUAGCGUGUGUCUACUCCAUAGUGUGCGCACUUGGGCUGGUGGGAAACUCACUGGCUCUGUACCUGCUGCACUCACGUUACAGGCAGAAGCAGUCAUCCAUCAACUGCUUUGUGAUGGGACUUGCUAUCACAGACCUCCAGUUUGUUCUGACUUUGCCUUUCUGGGCGGUGGACACAGCUCUGGACUUCCGCUGGCCAUUUGGUCGCAUCAUGUGCAAAAUAAUCAGCUCUGUCACCACCAUGAACAUGUACGCCAGUGUGUACUUCCUCACAGCUAUGAGCGUGGCACGUUAUUACUCUAUCUGCUCCGCCCUGAAGAUGCACAGCCGGCAGGCAGCAGCUACUAGAGCCAAGUGGAUGAGCCUGGGCAUCUGGGCUGUCUCUCUGCUGGCCACUCUGCCUCAUGCCAUCUACUCCACCAGCGUCCAGGUGUCGGAUGAGGAGCUCUGCCUGGUGCGAUUCCCAGACUCCGGCAGCUGGGAUCCACAGCUUCUUUUGGGUCUCUACCAGCUGCAAAAGGUCCUGCUUGGCUUCCUUAUUCCACUCAUCAUAAUCACUGUCUGUUACCUGCUGCUGAUGCGCAUCAUCCUCAGCCGACGCAUCGCAGGCACAGGGGGCCCAGAGGUUGAGCAGGGUCGGCAGAGACGCCGCUCCAAAGUGACCAAAUCAAUUGUCAUCGUUGUUCUGUCCUUCUUUUUGUGCUGGCUUCCCAAUCAGGCGCUGACACUGUGGGGAGUGCUCAUUAAGUUUGACCUUGUGCCCUUCAGCAAGGCCUUUUACAAUGCACAGGCGUACGCCUUUCCCCUUACUGUGUGUUUGGCACACACAAACAGCUGCCUCAACCCAGUGCUCUACUGCCUGAUUCGUCGGGAGUUUCGCGCAGGGCUCAAGGAGCUUCUCCUCCACGCCACGCCGUCUUACAGAAGCCUGACUCAUCUGCUGCGUCGCAAGGCCAAAGUGGCCGAGGCGCCGCCUGUUCUGGUGCUGGUCCAAAUGGAUGUCUGA